ACCACGGAAAGGGAAACGGGCGAGAAACAUGAGUUGAAAUCGCCCUUGUGAAGGUUUCCAUCUUGAAAGAACAAAAAAAUCUCCCUCAAUUCUGAGAGGGACGAGCAAAGGAGACGCUGAGUGAGACAAAACGUCGGAAUCAGGCGGAAGGAAACUCGCGUGAAGAUUCGAUCAAAGGCGUAAAACAGCAAGCUCAGGAACUUCAUGGGAUAUUGUUUCCUCAAUUUACUUCGAGAGGAGUGUCAAGUUUUGGUUCGUUGCAAUUUAGACGUUGUUUGUGAUUCUUCUUAAGUGUGAUUACCUCAGAGGGGGACUUCUUCUUGGAUCGAGUUGCGCUUUGGUAAACAGAGGACAAUAUCGGAUUUUGGAAAUACUAUACAAACCGUCAGCGGCUUGUCCUGUAUAUUUCUUCAACAUUUCUUAUUUCAUCAAGAUACUCGUUUUACAGCCAAGCUAAAGAGGUGUGCAACUGAGCACCCGUGUCCAUGCUUGUAAAAGUCACUUUGUUCCUACAAACGGUGUGUGGAUGUCCAGUUGGGGGAACUUUCUUUGAAAUUGCACGUCUGUGUGAAAUCGAGACGUUGCAGUGGACUGUUUUGUUUACAUGUGUUUGUGCAACUGUUUGUUGUCACAGAGAUAAUCUGUGUAGUGUAUAGCGAAUACAGUAUUGUCUGGCUUUAUAAAAGGGCUUCUUCUCGCCCUGGCAGAGGCCAGCCACCUUCUGCUGUAGGCGAGUGAAGGGGGGGCUGAGUGACCAGAGCACACACAGGCAUCGUGAGGCUCUGGCUCUGUGACAUUGCCAGUGGAGAACUGUGUGUGUCACUGGAUUAAUCUAAGUGAUAACAUCAGUCUACACUGUCCUGCUCUGUCCAGUGACGACCCCCCCAAGUGCCAGUAAUUGGAGCUAUUUUUAGCAUAAGGGAUGGGGUAAAAGCAGGCAGCUGGAAGCCCAACUCCCCUCCACCUCCUUCUCUUCAACCCCUUCUAUCACACUACCUCGCUCAACACACCUGGCAGUAUGCUGGGCGAGCCUGGUUAGCACAGACUUCACUUAAAGCUAGUUAAUUAGUUAAUGUGUUUUACAUAUAGUCUUGCAGAAAAAAAUGAGUAACAUGAUAUUUCUUGGAAGCAUACUGACCAUGGAGUCUUAGUAAUGGGAAUAUGUGGAAAUACUAGCUGCACUCUACAUUGCACAUUCAACUCUGAGCUGGAUUACUACCAACUGAAGAACUACUAGCAUAAGCAAGUAGAGUCUAUGCCCUCACCCCUUGGACAUUUUGCUUAAACUUUUAAUCAAAGUAGCCACUUGUUAACACACUAUAGAGGAACGGCCUACUUUUGACUUCUUAGAAUAUUAGUCACCAGCGAUCUGGAGUGGUACAAACCUCCACCACACAGACAGAAUGCAUGAAACUGCCAAAACCAAUGUAACAAAAAGCUAACCUUAUUAACCAAAUAUGCUAUUUCCCCCCACUCCCUAGACCCACAGAGAAACAGAAUAUAUAUGUAGAAUGAGAGAUCUUUAUCUAUUGUGUAACUCCACAGAAGACAGAGCUUACAUCCUUUAUAUUUUUACUUAAGAAAGACAAGCUGCCUGUACACCAGUUGGUUGCCUUAGAAACCACAGUCACAAAAUAAUAAAAAAGAAACAAGCCAGAGAAGACGGUGCCUUUUGAUUGGUUGGUCAGUUUCCCACCAUUACAAGAUUCAUUGAUUUAGUUGGAUGUAAACAUUUGAAGUGAACUCUGGGAUUGGAGACCCAUGUGAUGACAGUUACGUUAACCCCCACAAGCUCCACACAUUUGUCAAAGUGUUUUGAUUGAUACUAUUUCCACGCUGGAUUGAACAAUUGGCAAGCAUUUCCAUGGUGAUCACAUCGUCAUCUGUGGAGGACAAGACUGUGCCCUCUUGCAGGAUGGUCCAAUCAGAACCCUGGAUCACCUCCGCCCUGCUGCGCAAGAACAAGAGUGUAAGCAGCUCAGGAUGUCCGCCCACCUCCUCCUCCUCCUCCUCCUCCUCCUCCUCCACUGCCCAGGGCUUCUCCCUCGCUGAGCCAGCCAUGACCAGCCAGCACACACAUACACACCCCUCCUUCAGCUCCAUCCACUCCAUGGCCGAGCAGCAGCAGGUGCUGUCUGAUAUGACCAUACUCCAGCGGAGGAUUCCCCCUAGUUUCAGAGACCCUGCCAGCGCCCCUCUAAGGAAACUCUCUGUUGACCUCAUCAAAACUUACAAGCACAUCAAUGAGGUGUACUAUACUAAGAAGAAGCGGCGGGCCCAACAGGUCCCUCCAGAGGACAGUAGCACCAAGAAGGAGAGAAAAGUCUACAAUGAUGGCUAUGAUGACGACAACUAUGACUACAUUGUCAAAAAUGGAGAAAAGUGGCUGGACCGCUACGAGAUAGACUCACUGAUUGGAAAGGGCUCCUUCGGACAGGUGGUGAAGGCCUAUGACCACCAUGAGCAGGAAUGGGUUGCCAUUAAGAUCAUCAAGAACAAAAAGGCAUUUCUAAAUCAGGCACAGAUUGAACUACGCCUGCUGGAGCUUAUGAACAAGCAUGACACUGAGAUGAAAUAUUACAUCGUCCACCUGAAGCGUCACUUUAUGUUUAGGAACCAUCUCUGUUUGGUGUUUGAGUUGUUGAGCUACAACCUGUACGAUCUGCUGAGGAACACCAACUUCAGAGGAGUCUCCCUCAACCUCACCAGGAAAUUUGCACAGCAGCUCUGUACAGCAUUAUUAUUCCUGGCCACUCCAGAGCUGUCAAUCAUCCAUUGCGACCUGAAACCAGAGAACAUCCUGCUGUGUAACCCCAAGAGAUCUGCCAUCAAGAUAGUUGACUUUGGUUCCUCCUGCCAGCUCGGGCAGAGGAUCUAUCAGUACAUCCAGAGCAGGUUUUAUCGUUCUCCUGAGGUUCUGUUGGGAAUGCCGUAUGACCUGGCCAUCGACAUGUGGUCUCUGGGAUGCAUCCUGGUGGAGAUGCACACAGGAGAGCCUCUUUUCAGUGGCUCCAAUGAGGUUGACCAGAUGAAUAAGAUUGUUGAAGUUCUGGGGGUCCCACCCAGCCACAUGCUGGAUGCAGCUCCUAAAGCUAGGAAGUACUUUGACAAGCUGUCAGAUGGUCUCUGGACAGUGAAGAAGAACAAGGACAUCAAGAAGGAGUAUAAGCCCCCAGCUACACGGCGUCUUCAUGAGAUUUUGGGUGUUGAGACUGGCGGCCCGGGGGGGCGGAGGGCAGGAGAGCCAGGACACGCCCCCUGUGACUACCUGAAGUUUAAAGACCUGAUCCUGCGUAUGCUGGACUAUGACCCUAAAAGCCGUAUUACACCAUUCUACGCCCUGCAGCACAAUUUCUUCAAGAAGACGACAGAUGAAGGAACCAACACCAGUUCAUCUACAUCCACCUCUCCUGCCAUGGACCACUCCCAUUCAACCUCCACUACUAGCUCUGUUUCUAGCUCUGGUGGCUCCAGUGGUUCUUCCAAUGACAACCGAAACUACCGCUACAGUAACCGCUACUACAACUCUGCUGUUACACAUUCAGACUAUGAGAUGACCAGCCCUCAGGCUCCCUCCCAGCAGCAGAUGAGGAUGUGGCCAGGCAGUGAUGGUGGAGGUGGGGGUCAGGACCCAGCAUACACCCAGUUGCUUCUCCACAAGCCGGCUGCCUCCCAACAACACCAGCGCCACUUCCUGGACCCGCCACACCACCCCCACCCAACUUACUCCCACCAUGGGAAUGGUGGGCGUGGCUUGCGGCAGAGUGGACAGACAGGCAUCGGUGGAGGGGGGGGCCAGCAGGGAUCCUCGCCCCAGAUGAGUGACAGCAUGGAUGUGGGCGUGUCCCUAGGGCUGCACCACCUGGGCGCGGUGUCUUCCAUGGAGACCUCUCAGUUUGGCUCUGCCUCCCUGCCCCUUGCUCUGCCAAUCGGACUGUCUGCUUUCCGGACUCGGACGGCCCCCACCGCCCCAGGGCCACAAGCCCCGCCCCCUGAGGACUACUACCCUGCCUCCAACAACAAUAACCCCGCUGGGGGGGGCAGAGGAAGGCCAGACUCAGAUGAGGGGCCAGCCAACUCUUGAUAAAACCUGAACCAUGCCCUAAAGCCAUACAAUUUUAACUACAACUACUACAACUACACACAUACAGCCAGAGUUCAGAGACAAAGAGGUGAACUUUGUGCUGAAGGAGACAGUUUGUACUGCAUGAGAGGAGGAGGAAGGAAGGAGGGGGUAUGCUGGGAAAACCCUCCUUUUAUCCUGUUUUAGUUUGUUUGUUCUUUUGUUGCGACUGUAAUUGGAAAGGAAUGAUUGUGAGAACUUUGUUUUUAUUAAUAUUAUUAUUGUUGUUUAAUAUUAUUUGAUUUUUCUUGGGUUUGAGGAGUUGUGUGUUCUACUUGGUAGUUGUUAAAGCCUGGAGAGGAGGAGGAGGAUGAAGAGGAAAGAGAGAGGAGCCACGCUUUUCCAUCUUACGCCACAUGGUGGCUGUAAGUGGAAUUAGAGCACAUAUUCAUGUUCAUAAUGGUUAGUCAUGACAUUAGUAUAUCCAUAUUUACAGCUCCUAGAAACGAGCAGUCUACAAGCAGACAAACAUACACAUAUCUGUCUGUGUGUGUGCGCGUGUGCGCGUGUGCGUGUGUGUGUGUGUGUGUGUGUGUGUGUUUGUGUGUCUGCCUGUAUGCAUAUAUAUAUAUAUAUAUAUAUAUAUAUACACACACACACACACACAGACACAAACUGCUGCAUCAAGAAGACAGAAGCUGGUUUCAAAGGCAAGCACCAACAUAUAUGAUUCAGGACUUCAGGAGUCUGUGUGCUCCCUCGGUCGCUCUCCACCUGGUUGUGACAGAGUAUGGAGAGAGGGAGGGAGGUGGAGGGAGGAGAAGGUGACAGGACACUGAUGCCUUCCUGGCACCCAUAGGGAUCUCCUUAUCCUCCUUAUCCUCCCUGCCUCCCUGCUCUCUUCCUCCUCUCCUCCUUCUCCUGUUGUGUGUCUCCUCCAGACAGCUCCUCCUCUCUGUGCUGCUAAUCACCAUGACAACUGGUCCGGAUUGCUGCUAAAGAUCCAACACAGAUCAAUAAAGAAAUAAAAAGAAAUAGAAACAGAAAUAAAAAAAACUUUUUAACCCUUCUGCUUAAGAGAAAAGGAUAAAGUAAGAACCACUGCAUCUCAAUGUAUUUAUUACUAUUUAACAUGAAAAAACAAACUGAAAGUAACCCUUUUUUCUGCUCUUCUUUGUUUGGUUGCCUUCUUUCUGCAGGUGAGCUCUGAUUGGCUAUUGUAACAGUGACAGUAACUGGUGACAUGGGAAUGCCACUGGUUGUGGGGGCUGGGUGGAGGGGAGGGG